ACCCUGCAGUCACCAUGCUGGACGCUGUACCCCCAGGUCCUACGUAUCCCACCUUCUGGCUGGGGCCUGAGUUGAUGGCCCUAUUUACAAUUGCACCUCCUCUUUCCCCUUCACCACUUGACACUCCAGCUCCCUUAAUCUGCCUUAUUUUUCUCCAUAGCACACGUCAUUUCUAAUAUUCUAGAAAUGUUGUUUAAGUUUGUUUCCCUCAUUAAAUAGAAGUGAUCGCCAUGGCAGUGAUCUUGUUUUAUUUAGCUACUUCUUCAGACAUACCUCAAGCAUCCAGAAGAAUAUCUGACAUAUAGCAAGCACUCAGUGAUGUUGGUUGAAUUAAAGUGGACUGAACCUGUGCCCCAUUCAGCACGGUAUACCACGUACUGGUAACAGAGAAGAGCGUGGAAAACUUCUGGGGGAGCACGCAAGUCAGGGAAGGUUUAGUGCUAAAAGUAUGUAUUAGCUAGAAUUUAGAGAUGGAUGGGAAUUGUUCAUGCAGAAAGUGGGUAGGAAAAAUACUGCAAGCAAAGGGAACAUCAUAUACAAAGAUGUGGGGGUGGCAAUAGAAUGGAAUAUGUGAGGGCCAGCCCGGAAGAGGAAUGUGACCAGACCAGACUAUUGAAUGUCUGCGAAGGAAGACAAGAUGUCAGUUACUGUAGGGAAAGAUAGGGUGCAGGCUCCCUUUCUCUUGGCACCCCAGAUUCAUUUUCUUCUCUGAGCUUUAGGAGGCUGACCCCUGACUUCUGUCACCAGUUUCUGGUGGGAGUCACGGCAAGGAAAGUGGCAGGUAUGGAGAAAGGUCACCGUAUUUAUUCCUGUCUGUCUCCUCCUUGCUGGGCUACAGUCCUGGAAGUGGCUGCAACUUUUUUGUGACCAUAGAGCCCAUCGGGAGGGCCCUCCUUCAAGGCUCCAGUCCCUUUUAGGCCCGUGGGUAAUGAUGGCUUUCUACUCUCGCUUGUCCUUGGGUGCCCUAGCACCCCUUCUUGGUUCUCUUAACCCUUGAUCCUUUGUUGAAAAGCUUUUUCGAAAAAUCCCAGCUGUGUGAAUGCAGCCUGAUUCCUGCAGAAUGUGCCAGCUAGAGCGAAGAAAGCAGAAGUCAGUGCAGACCGGCAGCUGAGCAGCUGCAGUCAGCAUGACCCCCUCCAUCAGGCAGAUGGAGUCCAGACGUUCUGGUACCAGGCAACUGACAACUAGAGACCCAAUAUUGAGGAAGUGUCUGAACAGUAGGCAGGCUUUUGGACACAGGUCGACCUCUUCUGAAGUGAAGCUUAUUUACAUGCAUCCUGUCCACAACUCAAACUGGUCUUAAUACGUGUGCUGAGGGCAAGCCCGCUCUGAACAGAAGCUCGAGAUGAUCAACACACACCUUGCUUAGCAAACAAAAUCCCAGGCUCCCCGAACUAGACGUUCUGCGCGAGUGCGUACAGCCUUCCCAGUUGCUUGUUGAUUCGAUGAAUGAACUUGGCGCUAGGCAGAGAACGCUGGGGCAAGCCCCGGCAGCAGACAGCUCCUGGAGGUGGAAUGCUACCUUUCCUCCAUGGCACGGCGGUCCGGACCCAUCCUGGCCGCAGCUGCCACCCAACGGGCCCUGGGCUCAGCUUCUGCUUCGGAUCUGCGCGAACAGGGAAAGGCAGAGCCGGCAGCGCCCUGAACAAACCAGAAAAACAGCCCUCUUCUGCUCUGCUCGCGAGCCCACGUAGGCGCGGCGGCUCUACCCCGGCGGGGGCCAGGGGCGCCUCCCCUUCGCCAGUGCCGCCCCGCCCCGCCCGCCGCCCGAGGUCGGCCCCGCCGCGCCCGCGGGGGGCGGAGUGUGAGCUCGCCGGGAGGCCGCUCUGGACUCUGCACCCCUACGUGUGUGCGCCCUACUUCCCGCGUGUCAGCCGUCCUCUGCCUGCCCAUGGAAGGGGCCGGAUCCCCAUCGACGGGGGAAGAGCUGGAGCUCUCGGUGCUCGGGGGGCAGCCCGACGAGCAGAAGCCUCUCAACGGAACCGUCCAGGUCAUCCCUCUCUCGGUCGAGGAGCCCCGCGCAGCCCAGCAACUUACAUCGAUGAAGAUGAAAACGAAAUACUUGAAUUAUCAUCAAAUAAAACAUUCUUGGUCGAGCUAAAGAUUCCAGAGGACUGUGUUACCGAGGAGGAGUUGCCUCACCAGCUCAGGAAAAGGCUCACAGAUGUGUACAGUUCAUCCCCGUCUCUGAGUCGUUACUUUACUUCAGUGGAAAUUACGGACUUCAGUGAAAAUGCCACCGUAGCCUACCACCUGCAAUUUGGGGUUCCUUCAGAAGAUGACAGUUUUAUGAAGUAUAUGAUGAGUAAAGAGUUGGUGCUGGGCAUUUUACUACAGGAUCUCCAUGAUCAGAGAGUGUCCGGUUGUGAGACUUUGGGGCUUGAUCCAGCAUCCCUCUUGCUCUACGAAUGAAGCGGUGGAUACAUGUCUGUAUCUGAAAGCAGUGCUCCACUGAGUUUGGGGAUGAGAGAAUUCAUGUCAUUUUCCAGAAGGGAUCCUGUGAAUUAACGUGGAAGGACUGGCAAUGGCCUCUCCCCCCCAUUCUGCGUUUAUGAGGUCUGGCUCCGUCUCCAGCAAAACAGCACCUGCGAGCUACUGUGGCUGGGUUCAGCCUUGACAGAGGCAGGAAGCCCGCAGUGGGGUUGGGGGUGGGGGGUGGGGGGGUAACGGGGUAGGUGGGCGGAGCUUGCCACGUGGGGCUACUGCUAUUCUUGGAGCACUGGUUGCCCCCACCCACAUGUGGACACUUUCUCUUUAGUGCAAAGGUGACCCUUGAGGCGGGAUCUCCUCAGGUGGAAAGAGAACACAGUAGGUAGGCAGGGGUGAGGGACAACUGAGCCCCUCGCUCUCUGAAAUCCCCUCCCAUUCCCCCACUCCCGAUGUGAUAUUUGAUCUACCUCCAAGCAAGACUGUGAGGAAGGCACUGGACAAGACCAGAGCGGCAGAGUUCUGUGUCUAUGUCGUGACCUGCAAACCGGCCUUGGCCACAUUAUCCGCUAUCGCUGCAUUAUGUAUGGCUACGGAAAUACCACGCGUGUUUAUUUCCCGUCUUCUUAUUGCUCCCGUGACUCCUGAACCCCACUUUUGGAAAGUGGGUCCCUAUAAGCUUGGGGGUUUGAACACACAACUAUCAUUUGGGAUAGUUUUGCCAAUUUACAGUUUGUCACACUUCCAUCCGAGAAACAUUAAGGCUGCCUAGCCCUGUGCUGUAGAUACUACCCCCGGGAUUUUUAUUGUCCAAUGUUACUGGCCUUCCUAUAAAACUCCGUGUCUUCAGGCAAUGAUGGUUUAUCUUAUUGAAGAUGGUUUGAAGCAAUUUCCAACUCUCUGUUGGAAAGAAACUGUUGGAGGCUUAAUGCCAACUUGUUUGCAGGCUGAGGGGAGCAUUAGUGACUGUGUUGAUCAUCUGUGGGUACAGAAUUGCCUAGCACGAGGAAGCACAGUAUUUGUUUCGUGGGGAAAAUUGAUUUGCUGGAAACUUUCCAAGAGAGAGUGUUGUGAUCAUAUAAUAAGAGUCUUAGCCCCGGUGUCUCAGUUAAAUUGGCUGUGGGUGGACAUCAGUAUGAGGGGCUAUUGUAUAUGGGGUUGUGUCCAAAUGGUGCGUGUCAGGCCAGAUUUGCCUUGGUCUUUUUGAGAUCCAGGACUCUGGAAAAUGUGAAUUUGCUGUCUUAUUUAAUUAGAGGGUGCAUUUAUUGUAAACUUGGUGUGCCAUUUUGAGGAUAGUUCCUUAAACUAGCAAAAUAGGUGAAUUUCCCUUCCUCUUUAUUUUUUACAUGUCAAAUGUAAAUCUUAGUGUGUUUGUACUUUGUAGAAUGUAAUGAGUAACUUUAAUGGAGAAGGAUUUAAAAAUAUUUACAAUAAAUUAUUUUUGCGUGGUCAUUGUCACAUUA